GAAAAGCCACCACUAGUCGCCCCCAGUGCUCUUGCAGUCUCCAAUUUUCCUUUCUCACUGUAGACUUAACGUCACGUCCGCACUUGAACUUGAAUUUUAUCCCAUUGUACGGAGGCAGCCCUAGCCACAGAGAGACAGAGAGCUCGGGGGAAGCAGGACUCCGCCAUCUUCACACAGAGCAAGAGUGAAAAGGGGAGAAAAAGCGUGUAGGGUCUUGAUUUAUUGGAAAAGGAGGUGGUAGUCUAUGUGCCCGCUCUCCACAGAGCCGUACAAGGGGCGAGAGCACUCCGAGUUGAGGACACUGAGAAAGUAGCCUACCUGGCAUCGCAUGCCCGUGCACUCUUGAGAAGUGCCCAUCACUUUUCUACCCAAGUACCGUGGACAGAAUUGGAUACAUAUUUUGUACAAUUUUCCGACCAAUUCUUGAUUUUUUUGCCCCUUUUGAAGAAACGAAAUAAUUGUGGUCCAGAAGCUGAGCCGCUGACUGGACGCAGAGACAGCCUACCCACGCGCGCACUGACCACCGCAUUCUGAUUCUUCUUUCUUAGAAGGUGGAGGGGACACUCGCCUGGGUUUGAUCCUACCUGUCACUCACAGCAAAGCGUGAAACAUCAAGGAUAUUUUUUCCCACCUUCUGUUUUUCAUUCCCUUUUGGGGGGACUCGGACAGAUCUCUCUCUUCUUACACCUUUGCCAAAUGGUGUGAGUUGUGUAGAGACGCAGUGCAAAGCGAAAGGUGUAGCCGGGUUAUCCGUGGUCUCAACACACGGCAAAAGCGCUCUCACAGUGGACCGAAGAGGAGAAGCGCAAAAGACACUUAGACAUCUCCGACCCACGGACCCCUAGCCAUCCAGCACGACGCUUGUUCAACCCACCACGGCCGGCGGUGCGAGCGCAGGAGCAACGUCUCUUUUGUGGAGGUCCCGGGACAAGUUUAGGGACGCAAUAGGAGGGAAUCGAGCCGAUUCUUUACAGUGCAGGUCUCCGGGCGAUGCCACUGUAAAUGCCAGGGCAAUGUCCCGUCGUAAGCAGGGGAACCCGCAGCACGUGUCACAGAGAGAAUUAAUAGCACCAGAGACUGACCAUGUGGACGGUGGCGCCAUCCUCUCCGAGGCCCUUCCUCUCUCCCACGCUCUCUCCCUUCCACAGGCCCAAGCCCUGGCGCUGGGCCUGCCCCACCCCCUCGACCCCAGCCUGGUGGACGGCCUGCCGGCCGAGCUACGCGGCGACCACGACCUCUUGACCUGCGGACAGUGCCAGACCAACUUCCCGCUGGGCGACAUCCUGCUCUUCAUUGAGCACAAGAAGAAGCAGUGCCACGGCCUGGCGCCCUCUGGCUGCUACGAGAAGAUGACCGACCUCAGAGGGGGAGGGGGCGGUGGAGGGAACGGCAGCCUGGCCUCUGCGCCCAACCAUCGCCAGACGCAUCACCUGAGCCAGAAUCACCAUCAUCAUCCCCACCACCAACGCAACGGCAUCGGCGAGCUUCGCAAAGUGGUCGAACCGGUGGAAAUCGGAAUCCAGGUGACACCGGAGGAGGACGAGGAGGGAAGAGAGAGAGUGGGGAGGAGGACGCCCAGCAAAGGAAUUUGCCCGAAGCAAGAGAACCUUCCAGCAGGAAGGGACGAGCCAUCGAGCUACAUCUGCACCACGUGUAAGCAGCCCUUCCCCAGCGCCUGGUUCCUCCUCCAGCAUGCCCAGAACACCCACGGUAUCCGCAUCUACCUGGAGUCCAACCCCUCAAGCGCCUCCCUUACCCCACGCAUUACCAUCCCGCCCCCCAUGGGUCCAGAAUCCAUCCCCCAGUCCCCCCUCACCAACUUUCUGGGUGACAACAACCCCUUCCACCUGCUGAGGAUGGCUGGGCCCCUGCUCCGGGAACCCCCACCAGGCUUCGUGGAGAACCGCCUCCCCAACACCCCCCCCUUUGUCAGCCCGCCGCCCCGCCACCACCUGGACCCACACCGUUUGGAACGCCUUAGCGCAGAGGAAAUGGGUCUCAUCUCCCAGCACCCCAGUGCCUUUGAGCGGGUAAUGCGCCUGACACCCAUGGCCAUAGAGUCCCAGUCCAUGGACUUCUCCAGGCGGCUUCGCGAACUUGCGGGCAACAAUGCCACUCCGCCCCUCUCACCCAGCAGGGCCAACCCUAUGCACCGCCUGCUCAAUCCCAACCCCUUCCAGCCCAGCCCCAAGUCGCCCUUUCUUAGCACCCCUCCCCUACCGCCCAUGCCACCCAGCAGCACCACCCCACCCCAGACGAACAAAUCCAAGUCCUGCGAGUUCUGCGGCAAGACCUUCAAGUUCCAGAGCAAUCUCGUGGUGCACCGGCGCAGCCACACCGGCGAGAAACCCUACAAGUGUCAGCUGUGCGACCACGCUUGUUCCCAGGCCAGCAAGCUGAAGCGCCACAUGAAGACCCACAUGCACAAGUCAGGUUCCAUGACCGGGCGCUCUGACGAUGGCCUGUCUGCCACAAGUUCCCCAGAACCAGGAACCAGCGAUGUAACGGGUGAAGGCAUGAAGAACCGCGAUGGGGACUUCCGGGGCGAGGGCAACGAGGAAGAGGAAGAAGAGGAGGAGGAAGAGGAGCAGGAGAACGAAAGCCGACCGGAGUCUAACUUCAGCAUGGAGUCGGAGUUCUACCGGAACCGUGAGAACGGCUCCAAGCCUUCCUCGGACGAGAAAUCUUCACUCUCCUUGGGAAAGAUGGUGGAAAGCGUGGGCCUUAGCACUAUACAGCAGUACAAUAACAUGAUAGUCGACAAUCGUAAAAGAAUGCCCUUCACCAAGAGGGGCUUAGACGGUCAGCGGGACACCGGAGACGAGGACUCAGUGGUAGGGGAGAUGGACCACCACCACAGGGUGGAGAGGACCACUGUCAAUGGCAGAAACUGUGGGUCCAGUGACUCUUUCUCAGGGCUGUUCCCUCGCAAGCCCACCCCCAUCACCAGCCCCAGCCUGUCCAACUCCUCCAACAAGAGGAUCAAGAUCGAGAAGGACUUGGACAUGCCCGCGGCACCCCUCAUCCCAUCCGAGAACGUUUACUCCCAGUGGCUGGUGGGAUACGCCGCGUCCCGGCACUUCAUCAAAGACCCCUUCCUGGGCUUCACCGAUUCCAGACAAUCGCCCUUCGCCACCUCGUCCGAGCACUCCUCCGAGAACGGCAGCCUGCGCUUCUCCACACCCCCCGGAGACCUUCUGGACGGAGGGCUGUCGGGGCGCAGCGGCACUGCCAGCGGGGGCAGCACCCCUCACCUGGGCGGCGCAGGCCUUGGUCGGCCCGGCUCCAAGGAGAGCCGGCGGAGCGACACGUGCGAGUACUGCGGCAAGGUGUUCAAGAACUGCAGCAACCUGACGGUGCACCGGCGCAGCCACACGGGGGAGCGACCCUACAAGUGCGAGCUGUGCAACUACGCCUGCGCCCAGAGCUCCAAGCUCACGCGCCACAUGAAGACACACGGCCAGCUGGGUAAGGAAGUAUACCGCUGUGACAUUUGCCAAAUGCCCUUCAGCGUGUACAGCACUCUCGAGAAACACAUGAAAAAGUGGCACGGGGAACAUUUGAUGACCAACGAGGUCAAAAUUGAACAAGCAGAGAGAAGCUAAGCCAGAAUUCCUUAUUUUGAAGCUCUUCGCCACAACUUGAAUAAAAAAAACAAAAAAAAAGUACAAAGGGGGUAGCUGGAUACUCUUUCAUAAAUAUUGAUUUUGGGUUAAUCUUAUGUUUUUGCCUAAGAAACUGCCAACUGAGAAAACAGACAGACAAACACACAGCACCAUUUGAAGCCGGUCUAAGCUGCCUCAUUUGGCGUUCCUUUUUAAACAACAGAUCAGACAACAAAUUAAGUCAUAACAUGUGGAGCCUUUAACUGUGCAAUAAUUUCUGUAUUUAUUGGAUUUUGUAUUGUGGCAUGUGCAGGUACAUUUUUAUUUUGUCAUUUUAAAAUUUGUUUUACUUUUUGAUUUAAAUUGCUGGGAGUUUUGUUUAACUUUUAAAAAUACCCAGAUAAUAUCCUGAGAUUUUUUAGCAGACAGAAAUCCAUUGAAUAAUCUAUAGGUUGCUGCUUAUAGGACAUGUACAUUAAAGCUACACAUGUAAUUUCUUGAAGAGAAGCCGAAUUUAAUCUUCAAAUCUUAAAACAAGCAUAACUGAGAAAACUAUUUUUUGUUUCUUUUACAUCAUAGGAUAUGCGCGGACAACAAUCCUUUGGCAUUGUAGAAUGAACUGAUUUCUAAACAUGUCAAUCUAAUUGGAUAUGUAGCACUGAGUGUCAUUUAUGACAGUAAAUCUAAAUCAAAAGUUAUUUGUGAGGUUCAUAAACCAUGCCUCCUGUAGAGGACAUCCCUUCCAAUAAGAAGAAACUGAUUAUGGUGAAGGCAGCUGCUUACUGGUCCCUAGUACUUACCCCCAGACAACUCUAGAGAACCAAGACGUUACUCAUAUAUUCUUGUAGAAGUCCCACAUUGUACUUUCAAACUGUUUACAUCAAAACACCUCACCUAAACCCACCUAUCCCCAAUUGAACCAGACCAUUGGCACUUAGUGCAAAAGUAGUGGUCAUGGUCUGUAUAUAUAUAUUGAUUUUAUAGUUAUAGGACAGAUUUAAUUGUUUGUAAGGAUGGUCUGUUUUCGCCUCCCCUACUAUAGCGCCAGGCUGUGUAGCAUCUAGCUGGAUCACAGGGAUAUUUCAGGGUGAGCUGUAGGACCUGCUUUUUUUGUUUUCUCUUUCAUCCCUUCAUUAUCAUUCCUUGGAUGAGCUUAAAACUUUUGUUUUUGCCCACGCCCAAACUAACCCUCCCCUGCCCUGCUUAAUUCUCUGCCAGUCAAUAUGUAGAUCCAAAAAUAGUUUGUUACAUUCUAUUACCAGUAGUACAAUUAAUAUCGCAUUCAAAACAACCUAGACACAUUUAAAAUUAUGUAACGCACAUGUUAGUUACGACAAAGGGCAAUAUUGUAGAAUUUCAAAACAAUACUGAAUCUAAGAUUAAUCAAUUGCAGUCUUUAACUCAUAUUUAAAUGGUACUGCUUGUAAUUGAUAUUGUUUAUUAAAUGCAUUGUUUAUCCAAGAAAGGGGACUUAAUCAGUCGUACAUGCAGCCAAGGCGGAUGUCACCUCUUUAACCAGAUUUGAUUCUAAAUCAGAUUCUAUUUCAAAAUAAACUACGAUAUGCGACAAUGUUUAUGAUAUCACUUGAAAACAGCCCUAUGCAUUCUUUUCUAGAAAUAUCUAUUUGUCAUUUUUAAAAACAUGAAUGGAUUUAUACUGUGUAGGUAGUUUGAUUGUAUAGUGUGCCAUAGUCGAAAAUGUUUAUAUACAAUAAUGUUUUCUGGUUAAUGUGAUCACAUCCCCUGUGAGACCCAAAUCAGUGGCAGUUAUGCAGACCAGUAAAAUUGCACAGUUAGAUACAAUUUGUGUGUAGAUAUCUGUUGAGCGUGUGCCGAAACAGUAAGACUAUUUUUUUCUUUCUUUCCUCUCAUUCAGGGCUCCCUGUGAUGUGUAGUUGAACGCAUUCUGAGAAGUAGCAACUCUGACACACACAGAAUGCACAGCUGAGCUUUUUAGGAAAACCUUUUCUCAAUCUUCAGCAAGCACCAUCUUUUGCCCAAAAUCACGACCUCCCUCCUUGUAACUUUGAAUAAAUGCAAACCCGACAGCUCCCCUUUUCCUCCCCAGACAUCCAAGAUGAAGCAGUUUUUUUAGGAUUGAGGCAAAGUCUGUCAAAAAAAAGGAAGAAACAAACAGCUCCUCGCAAUUGACCCGCACUUUAUGAUUUUUUUUAUUUUGUUUUUUUUACACACACAAAAAGACAGGAAAAUGGAAGGUACGGCUUCUGAGCAAGAAAUUACUGGAUAUACUGAUACUGGUCCUUGCUUAAAGGGUUCUUGAGUUUGGAAUCACCUGAGAUUGAAGUGCCAGUGUUGUUAGGCUUGGCUUUUCCAAUGCUGGCACUAUAAAAAAAAUGAAAGUAAUUUAUUUGGGACAGUUUUUGUACUGCCGUUCAAUUUGACAUGAGUGUGCCUUGAAUACUGAUCUUCCUAUUUAUUGUCUGAGAUCGAAAAAAAGCUAAUUCUUUGUGAAGCAAAGAAUUGAUAGAACAAAAAGAAAAUUUAUCAAAUUAUGUGUAAACUUUGCUCUAAUUUGCAUAAUAAAUUUCCACUGAACAUCACUUAAAUUAAUAAACUGAAUUUAAGUUAGGAGUACCCAGCACAAUAUUGAUGUGUCUGUGUGUGUAUAUAUGUAUGCAUAUGUACAUAUAAAGGCACAAACCUAUAUAUAGAUAUAUAUCAAAUUCUUCACUUCAGGACAAGACUGCGUCCCUCGAUUGAAAAAUCACCGGAGUGGAUUGUUACGCCACACAAUAGUCAAGGAAGAGACUGGACAAAAAUCAGGAACUGCAGAUACUAAAAAAUAAUUUAGUGCACUCUGUCUUAAAAUACGUUUACAGUAUUGAAACAAGUACAAGGGUAAAAUAAUAUUUGUGUGUAUGUGUGUUUUAAACAAACAAGUAUUUUUUUUUUUCAAGUUUGCUUAUAAAGUUUCUCUGAAUGCCAUAGUGGCAAUGUGUAUAUUGGUUUUUUGGUGACGGGGUUUUAGUAUAUAUAUAAAUAUAUAUGAAUAUAUAUUACAUUUUUCUUGUUUACUGUAAAAGUAUACCAGUAUUUGUAAUAUUGGACAAUGCCUGGGCAUUUUACAAAAAUAGAAAAAAGGUUGUUUUUUAUUUUUAUUUUACAGUCCAAUUUAAAUUGUGGGUCUCUUAAAAUGUUUUUUGUCACUGUAACUGUAAAGUCUUAAGUUUUAGUAACUUUUAUUCUGCCUUGGGUGUAAUAAAAUAAAAAUAAAAAUAAAGGAAUAAAAAAAUUUACCUGUAACAAACUUGGAUGGAGGGAAUGUGACAAGCUGAA